AUGGGAAGACAACCUUGUUGUGACAAAGUUGGUUUGAAAAAAGGUCCAUGGACAGUAGAAGAAGAUAAAAAGCUCAUCAAUUUCAUCCUCACUAAUGGCCAAUGUUGCUGGAGAGCUGUCCCUAAGUUAGCAGGACUGUUAAGGUGUGGAAAAAGUUGUAGACUUAGAUGGACAAAUUACUUGAGGCCUGAUUUAAAGAGAGGACUUUUAUCAGAAUAUGAGGAGAAAAUGGUCAUUGAUCUUCAUGCUCAACUUGGCAACAGAUGGUCAAAAAUUGCUUCUCAUUUACCUGGAAGAACCGAUAAUGAGAUUAAGAAUCAUUGGAAUACACAUAUCAAGAAAAAACUUAAGAAAAUGGGAAUUGAUCCGGUUACACACAAGGUAUUAUUCACUAAUGAAAUAGACCAAACUCAAACAAAAUCUGAACAACAUCAACAAGAAUCUUCCUCUAUUGAACAUGACACAAACGUUGUUGAAUCCGAGAAUGACAAAAACAAAGAACCACAAAAACCAGAAACUUCAUUUGACUCAUCAACCAUAACUGAAGAACAUGACCAAAUUAUGACACCAUUUUUUGACUCAUUGGAACUAAUGAAUGAGUUCUUAAUUGAAGAAGUUCCAAUAGUUACAAAUGUUCCUUCAUCUUCAUCAACUACAACUAUAACUACAACAUCAUCAUCUUCUACAAGUUCAUCUAAUUUUCUUGAAGACUUGUUGCUACCUGAUUUUGAUUGGUCACAUGAUAAUAAUAAUAUUGAAAAUAGUGAUAAUGAUAAUAAUGAUAUUAAUAUGGCAUUAUGGGAUGAUGACUUUAUUAGAAGUUGGGAUUUUGUGAUUAAUGAUGAUGAUAAUGGUGACAGAAAGCAAGUAUUUGAUGCUGCUCAAAAUCAGUAUCCAAGAGUGGUCAUGGAUUCAGAAUCAUGGGCCUAUGGAUUGUUUUGA